AUGGAUCCUGAUUUUAUAAACAAGUUGCAAAGGAUAACUUUGACGGAAGAGGAGGGAGAAGUCAUUAAGGUUGGGGUCUCACAGAGGGAAAGAGUGUUGGAAGAAUGUUCACUGAGUUUGUUGGGAAGGUUUCUCACUACACGAGCUUUUAACCAGCGUGUGGCCAAGGAUUUGCUAAGGUCUGUGUGGAAGAUGGGCUCGGAUUUACGCAUUGUUGACGUGGGGGAUGAUCUUUUUCAAUUCAAAUUUUCUAUGGAGAGUCAGUUGAAGUGGGUGCUAGCAAAUGGUCUGUGGAGUUUUGAGAAUCACCAUCUGGCGUUACGAAGAUGGGAGAGAGAGGUGGGCAGGGAUAUUGGUAGUGGCUUGGGUGAAGUACUGGACGUUGAUUUGAAGGCGUUUUCGUUUGACCAAGCUUGCUUUAUCAGAGUAAGGGUGGAGCUACUGUUGGAUAAACCAUUACGUCGAGGAGGAGUUGUCGCAAGUCCUGAAGGAGAUAAGGUUUAUAUUGGCUUCAAGUACGAACGUUUAGUGGGGCUUUGUUAUCAGUGUGGUCGGAUUGGUCAUGAGGUGGACAGGUUACCUGAAGGAGGUAAACUCAACGUUGCUCCGGCAGAUGGUGGCGUCACAGUCGAGAAGAAUGCAAACAUGGCUGUGAAGAAUCUUGUACCGGGUUUUGAGGAGUUGGUUACGGAGUCUGAUCAUGCCAUCCAAACCAGUUCAGAAUUUUCAAAUUUCAAAAUGGUUUCAAUUGAUUGUAUGCCAGAUAAUAGCAUGAUUUCCUCUGGCUUGAUUAAGGUGGCAGUUAUGGAUGAAGAUAUUGUCAUCCUUAAUCGUGACUUAAUGGGGAAACAAAGUGAGAAAAUAUCUCCACCAGUUUUUGAGGAAUCAAGUAUAUCUCCAUCGAUUUUCAUGGUUGGUUGUGGUUAG